ACCUUCCUCUUUCAUCCAUCUUCCCUCGACACCUCGUUGAUAAAGCUGCUCGGAAUACCAUUCAGAUGAAGACGCCUCACCUCUCUGUGCUUGCUUACCCUUCAAUCUGUCCACGAUGCCAUCCACGCGCUACGGCAUGCCCUACAUCCUCGAAGACACGACGGGCAGUCUCACCGGGUCUGAAUUCAUCGACAUCAACGAGCGGAUGCACUUCCGUGUCCGGUGCACGGCAAAAGACACUCAACACACCGCAUAUAUGAUCUACAACUCCCACCACAGCUCCAACCCGGGGCGCGUGGCGAUUCCCCUCCCCGUCGCGGGGCUGGACUUCGGGCGCGAGCACGCGUUGGGGACGAUCAGUUACUCAUCGGAGGGGGUGCCGAUGCGCAAAUAUCUCGUCAGGCCAGAGAGCAAAGUCAUCUCGUUCGGGAUCCAUAGUGGCGGGCACCGCGUUCGCCGCUUUCUCGCUUCAGACGGGCAGGUGUACCAAUGGGCUAGGAAGACCCAUGUGAAUCAGGAAUGGACGUGCACGGACCUGAACGGAUAUGUCAUUGCGUCGUACAGCCUGAAGUCCCCAGGCGAGCCGGACUACACGACUUCGUCUGGCUGUAUCCUGGAAAUUGCCGAACAAUCCGGUGGACUGGCCGUGGAGAUACUCGCCUCGCUGCUUAUCAUGCGGCACAUCGUGGCGUAUGACCUGUCAUGAGCGGCUGAAUUGUCCUCAACUCCGCGCUCCUCGUUCAAAUGUAUCUUACCGCAUCACCUAUUAUAUCCGCCGUCAGGCGCUCCAUGUUAUGUCUCUUACUCACACUCUCACACGCACAACCGCACGCUGCAAAGUGUUGUAAUUCCUCAUUGAUACCUGUACAUAUCCACCUAUUAGCUUCGCUCUGUUGUAUCCUGUAUAAUUGGAAGUGAAUUCAUGUCUACACUUCAUCUUAACACAAGCUUCGGUUUUCCCGAUGAGAAUUUGAUCCGCCACGUGCGUCUGCUCCGAGCCUUCUUGGUGGGUUCCCAAGCAUUGAUUUCAAUACUCAU